CCGCGUCGUCAUCUAAGUGGGCCGCAUGACAUGUGUGCCGCUAGUGUAGCUUAAGCCGCGGUCUGUCAACAGAAAACAGUCAUUCCUCCAUAAUAACGGUCGCAGUCGUCCAGAGCCACAACAUGCCCAAGAAGCAGAAAGAAGAGCCGGAGUGGGAAGGGGACGAAGUCGCCCCAGCAGCGACUGAAAAAACUGCGAAGAAAGGAAAGAAAGAUAAAAGGAGUAAAAAGAGUUUCUUUGAGGAACUUGCCACAGACAACAAAUCUGAAAAUGCAGAUGAGGCACCCGUGGCACCGAAAGACACACAGGGGAGACAGAAAAAGAAGAAAGACCGCCGGAAAGGGAAAGGUGGAGAAGGAGAUGAGGAUGAUGAGGACAGUAUGCAGAGGCUGAAAAAGUUGUCACUGCAAGGCAGUGAUGAAGAGGAAGAGCCAGUCAUCCCAAGUAAAGCAGGCAAGAAAAACAAGGGUGGAAACAUUUUUGCUGCUCUCAGUCAGGACCAGAGUGAUGAUGAUGGAGAAAGUGAUAUGGAUGAAGAUGACAUACCAUUAAAACAGGAGACUGAGAGAGUUUCUAAGGGAGAGAAAAAAGAUAAAUCUAAGCCCAAGACAGUCAAGGCUGCAUCUGAUGAGGAGGAUGAGGUCGAGAAGAAGGAUGAGGAUGAAAAAAAAGUGGUAAAAAAAAACAAGAAGGCAACAGCUACCGAGUCCAAGGCAAAACCUGCAGGCCAGUCGUCCGGUGACGCUGAGGAUAAGGACGAAGGCAAUAGUGAUGGAGACGACACCAUGAUGUGUGCUGAGGAUGUUCUAGCACAACAGUCCAAGAACCAGGAUGAUGACCCAUUUGCUAACCUGAGCAAAAAGGAGAAGAAAAAGAAGAAAAAGCAGAUGGAGUAUGAAAGGCAGGUUGCCAGCGUGCGUGCUCAGAAUGCGAUCGAGGGUGACUUCUCCGUGUCCCAAGCAGAGAUGUCCUCCAGACAGGCCAUGCUGGAGAACGCCUCCGACAUCAAGCUGGAGAGGUUUAGCAUUUCCGCUCACGGAAAAGAGCUCUUCGUCAACAGUGACCUUCUGAUUGUGGCAGGGAGGAGAUAUGGUUUGGUUGGACCAAACGGCAAAGGAAAGACCACAUUACUGAAGCACAUUGCAAACAGGGCUCUUAGUAUCCCCCCCAACAUCGAUGUGCUGCUGUGUGAGCAAGAGGUGGUGGCAGAUGACACCCCAGCGGUCCAGGCGGUGCUGAAAGCAGACACUCGGCGUCUGAAGCUUCUGGAAGAGGAAAGGCAGCUGCAGGCCUUGCUGGAAAAAGGAGAGGACAGCGUAGCAGAGAGACUGGAGAAGGUGUAUGAAGAGUUGAGGGCCAUUGGAGCGGCGGCUGCUGAGGCCAAAGCACGUCGAAUUUUGGCUGGACUGUCUUUCACCCCGGAGAUGCAGAAUAGACCCACUAAGAAGUUCUCAGGAGGUUGGAGAAUGAGAGUCUCCCUUGCAAGAGCUCUGUUCAUGGAGCCCACCCUGCUGAUGCUGGAUGAGCCCACCAACCACCUGGACCUGAACGCCGUCAUCUGGCUCAACAAUUACCUUCAAGGUUGGAAGAAGACUCUCCUCAUUGUUUCCCAUGACCAGAGUUUCCUUGAUGACGUCUGUACGGACAUCAUCCACUUGGACAACCAGAAGCUCUACUACUACAGGGGCAACUACUUGACCUUCAAGAAAAUGUAUGUGCAGAAACAGAAGGAGCUGCAGAAACAGUAUGACAAGCAGGAGAAGAAGCUCAAGGACCUGAAGGCUGGUGGCAAGUCAACCAAACAGGCUGAGAAGCAGACCAAGGAGGCACUGACUAGAAAGCAGCAGAAAGGCAAGAAAAAAGGAGGAGCGGAGGAGGAGAGCCAAGAGAGCACAGAGCUACUGAAGAGGCCCAAAGAGUACACUGUUAAGUUCACCUUCCCCAACCCACCUCCACUCUCUCCACCCAUCUUGGGAUUACACAGUGUUGUCUUUGGUUACGAGGGUCAGAAGCCCUUGUUCAAGAAUGUGGACUUUGGAAUUGACAUGGAGUCCAGGAUUUGCAUAGUUGGGCCUAAUGGUGUGGGGAAGAGUACACUACUGCUGCUGCUCACUGGGAAAUUAAAUCCAACCAAAGGUGAAAUGCGGAAGAAUCAUCGACUGAAAGUGGGCUUCUUCAACCAGCAGUACGCUGACCAGCUGAACAUGGAGGAGGCAGCCACAGAAUAUCUGAUGAGGAACUUCAACUUGCCCUACCAGGACAGCAGGAAGUGCCUGGGUCGAUUUGGUCUGGAGAGCCACGCACAUACAAUUCAGAUAUCCAAACUAUCCGGAGGUCAGAAGGCGCGAGUCGUGUUUGCUGAGCUUGCCUGUCGGCAACCUGACGUCCUUAUCUUGGAUGAACCCACUAACAAUUUGGACAUUGAGUCGAUUGACGCCCUAUCGGAGGCCAUUAAUGAGUACAAAGGAGCUGUGAUCAUCGUGAGUCACGACGCCAGACUCAUCACCGAGACUCAGUGCCAGCUGUGGGUAGUGGAGGACUGCACAGUCAACCAAAUUGAUGGAGACUUCGAGGACUACAAACGGGAAGUGUUGGAAGCACUGGGGGAGACUCUAGUGAACAAAGUCAAGGAAUAACUGGAGCC